CAACCGGCUGUAAUGGUGGACGACUGAGGCGGAGAGACGGAAUACAACCAGAGUGAAGAACGAGAGGAGAAAACGGUCGUGAAAGUCUGUUUUUAGAGCCGCCGCGAGGACGUAGGACAUCGUCGAAAAUGGAUGAACUCAAACAUCAAGUCAUGAUUAACCAGUUCGUCCUGACGGCGGGUUGUGCGGCGGACCAGGCGAAGCAGCUUCUGCAGGCGGCACACUGGCAGUUCGAGACUGCGCUCAGUGCCUUUUUUCAAGAAACAAAUAUUCCAUAUGGCCAUCAUCAUCAAAUGAUGUGCACCCCCGCCAACACACCAGCGACGCCCCCCAACUUCCCGGACGCGUUGACCAUGUUCUCCAGGCUGAAGGCGUCGGAGAGCUUCAACAGCGGCAGCGGCGGCAGUCCAAUGGCCGCCUCCAUGGCCACCUCACCCCCACCCCCCCAGGUUGGCAACUGGGGGUUCUCACCAAAUGUACCUAAUGUGCCGCAGCCUCAACAGGGACUCUGGACUCAGGGGCAGCCCCCCACGCAGCCCUGCCCCGCCUGGCCCACGGGUGUGAACCCCCAUGCAGGCGCUGAGCAGAAGGCCAGUGUAGCGAUGGAGGCAGAGAGAUGAAGGGCAGCAUGGGACUGAGAAGCCCCCCUUUUCUCCCCCCCAGGGAGGGAUGGGAUGAAUGCGGGGAGGGUGGGAUAUGAUAAUGGGUAGAAAAUUCUUUUUUCCAAAAGACGGAUGGAAACUACGCAAACCAAGAAAAACUGGACAAUUUAGGACGAGGAGGAAACCAAUGCAAACAAAAUUCUAAAAAAAAAAAAAAAAAAAAAAAAAAGAGAGAUACGCACACACAUAGUAAUAAGAGAGGAGCGAAAUCUUUGUUAGUUUUUCCUAAGUAAAUGCAUAGAUAAGAGAAAUAUUAUUGAACUUAAAAAAACCCAGAAAUUUUUAAAGAAUUGUCACGCCCAAGGAUUCUAUGUGAUGUUCAAGGACUUUCAAGGCAGCAAACUUAAUUUUCAGUUUUUAUUUUUAUUUUUUUUUUUUCCAUCUUUUCAGCCGGUGUUUUUUCUCCACUGGUGUUCUGUGUUUCUGUGCUGCAUGAGGAGAGAGGAACUGGCGAUGCAGUGUUUUGAACUCAAAAAUCAACACGCACUUGAGAGUGAGUGUGUACGCAUGUGAGCGGGUUUGUAAUCAAAAAUGUAUACACACACACAGACACACACACACACACACACACACACACUCACACAUAUUCACGCACACACACACACACACACACACACACACACACACACACACACAUUAGCUUUUAGAGGACACACCUCCAUACUGUCAUCCCCAUCGUCAAAGGUGGGACUUUUCUUACCUCACCUGGUGGUCACCUGACUUCUUUCAGCCAAUCAGGGAUUCUUCUUAAACCAACCGUUGCCGCCGCAGGACGUUUUUAAAGGUUUUUUCUUAAAGUCAGCAGGUUUGAUCCUCGCUGUGACGGCUUCUCCUGACACCAUUUGAAACCAGACUACAACUGUCCACUUUGUUUCUGGAGAUUUGGGUUGUUAUUACAAGAAAAAUGAGAAAUCAUGGUUUAAUAUAAUAUUGUUUAUGAUGCUAAUUGUUCUGUUUUUGUUGAAAGUUUAAGGGAGGUGGUUUUGAAAGUGGGUGGGACUUCAGGAUUUUUUUUCAAUUGGGAAAGAGUGAAUCAAACGCAGCUACAGAUUUAAAACAAGAAAAAAAAACACGACUCCAUCUUUGUAAACAGAAUUGCCACUUUGCAUGAUGUGUUCAUAACGUGUAACAUCUUUUGUAGCAAACAUACAUGAGGUCGAGACCAUAGUAGUCUGGAUAUAAAUAUGGACGACACGUCUCCGGGAAGUCAAAAUAUAUGCUGCUGUCUUGUGCUAUAGUGCUUUCCGCUGUAUCAAGUUCCCGCCCAUACAUGUGACUGAUCAAGAGCAGCGCCAUCAGGGUUUCCUACACAUUUAUUUGUCAUUAAAACAUCUACUGCCACAUACUGAUUUUUUUUAUUUUUGGAGCUGGAGCACCACAAGAAUAUACAUACAGUCUAAAGUUGUGAAUCCUAGGAGAGUGAAGGUAUGGCCCCCCUUACUCUGCUUUACUCUCCCUCUGAUUGGCUUACCUUGACCUUCUUACCCUAACCUUUAGCAAUUUCACUCCUCUUGCCUAAACCUUGCCAAUCCAGCCAAUGAAGACAGCGAGUACUAGUAAAUCAGAGGUACAGUAAGGCGGGUCAGUCCUUCGCUGUCCUAGGAUUCAAAAGUUUUCCCCCGGGAAUGUUGCUUAGCCCCGCAGCCAUUUUUCCCUCUUGGUCACUUGCAAUAUUGCAGUGAAAAAAAUCCCCUGCGGCCCAGGCGUCACCAUAGACCACCUUUUAAAAAAGAGACGUUUGUAAAACUUUUGACGGCGCACCUCCAACUGCAAGAUUCAUUCUGACUCUUUAUAUUCUGAAUUUUUGAUCCAUGGAGGUUUUAUAUUUGUAAAACUUUACACCAGCGGAGAAAUUUAAAUACCAGUGACGUCAUCACAAUGACGGGUGCGGGCCCAGUGGGUGAAACACUACUGCACAUUUUCAACUUGGAUGCUUUUUUAUAUGCCAAGGGAGCAACUGUAUUGAAAUGAAUAAGCACCAUCUUGGCAUCUGGUACCUAGCUAUUGUUAUACAUCUAUGGAGCUGUGAUGUCGUCCACCUUUAAAUGCAGACUACAGUCAAGACGUGUUUAUGGGAGGGGGUGGAGUUAAAGAGGAGGGCGGGGUGGUGGGUCCCAGAGCUAAUAAAGAUGCAACAGAUGAGUGUUUCUCAACAAAUCAGCAGCAUCUCACUGUGAAGGACAAAUUGGACAUGUCUCUUGAGAUUUGAGAAACAAGAAGACAGUGGGUGAGGGGCAGCUUUGAGAAACCCACUACAUAUUUGGGGACACUACAGUCUACUUUAAGAUGUAUAAACUAUCACACAGAUGGGUUUUUACAACAUUUAGGUUUCUUGUUUCGACCGGUCCCUGGUCCACUGAUAUUGCUGAGGGACAGUUCAGGGACGACCCUGACAUACGGCAAUAUUUUAAACACAGGGUCUGCCCCUUUUUUAGUUUUGAUUUGAUUUUUUUGAGAGUAAGAAGAGAUAUUUUGAAUAGGUGAAGGUCUUUUCUUAAAGAUGAUUGGAGACGUUAUGGAUAUAAUGAAUAAAAGAGCAACUUCCUUUUUUAUUAUUUAGACUAAACUAAUGUUUGAGUUCAUUCUUUUCCCAUGCUUCACACUUUAUUUGGUUAAAUCAGAGUGUUUCUGGGUGGGCCUGUUCCUAAAUGGUUUCUCAUGUAUGUUUCCCCACUUGUAUGACUGUAUGAGACCAUUCCCACAAUAUUUGUGGACUACCUGAUAAUUAACUUAUCAUUUUUGUGAACCUAAAUAAAUAUUGUAUGUCAACCUGA